ACUGCGCAUGCGCGGAUAUAGGCUGCAGCAGUGGGCACUGGGCAGCAGUGACUAGACAAGCGCUUUAUCGACACAAGCAGAACACAGGUGCCGAAUAACCCAGCAAAAAUGCUCUUUUAAACAAUCGCACGUCUCAUCCCGAAGCCAGAGAUGUGAUGAGGAGUAAGAGUCCAAUGUUGCAUUAGUCUCAUUGUGACAUGCUGGCCUGUCUGCCGGUAUCAAACCCCUCCCUCCAGCUUCUCUCGCACACGCAGAUGAACACUGGACUUCAGAAAUGGGACACUACACAGAGGAUGAGAUCAGCACACUAUCCCACCCCAGCAGAAUUGGAUGCCUAUGCUAAGAAAGUUGCCAAUAACCCACUGACUAUAAAAAUCUUCCCCAAUAGUGUAAAAGUACCUCAGAGGAAACACAUUCGCCGCACUGUCAACGGUCUCGACACCUCCAGUCAGCGCUACAGCCCCUACCCACCUCAGGUCAACACCCGGACGGGCCUCUUGGCCAUAGUCAAAGUUCCUGUCAAAGGGAUCCUCAAGGACAUUGAAGGCGGCCGAGCCCGUUUUCUCCCCAAGCUCAUCAUGAACCCGCACAGUGGGCUUUACGCCAAUCCCAGCACUUUAAAUGUUCCUCACACUGUUCCACAUCUUCAGACUCCUUUAGGCCAGAAGAGUCUCGGUCACUCUCAGGCCUUGCAGGCCCAUCCACAAUCCCUGCAGCAGAAGAGCAGUUUACAACCACAGCAGAGCCUGGCCCAUCAGGAGGCUUUACAUCAGAGCCAGGCUCACCAACCGCCAGUACCACACCACACCCUAAACCACCAACAGACUCUCAUGCAGCAGCAGUUGUCCGCUCCACAAGGACUACGGCAUUUGCCUGAUAUGGCACAGUCGGUAAACCUGCAGCACUCCCAGGGCUUUUCUCAAUCCCAACCCAUUCCACAGGCCUCUUGUGCUGGCCCUCCAGCAUCUGGGGUCUUGCAGCCACCCUUGGCAGGCUUACAGAUGCCACGAAAGCUGCCUGAUGCCGAUGCUCCUCCCAAUGUGACUGUGUCUACCUCAACCAUCCCGCUGUCUAUGGCUGCCAGCCUGCACCAGAACCGGCCCAGCGACUUGAACAGCAUCGUCAAUCAGAUUAAUCAGUUCUGCCAGGCUCGGGCUGGCAUGGGCUCUACCUCUGUGUGUGAAGGACAGAUCGCCAACCCCAGUCCCAUUAGCCGCAACCAGCUAAUCAACGCGAGCUCUCGAGUGUGCCCACAUCCUACUGUGGGUCCUCCAUCUUCUUGCAUUCUUGGAAAUUCUGACAAAGGCGGUCCUGCCUCUGCUCUGCCACUGCCUGACAUUGCUGCUAUGAACAGGAUACCCCUUUACCACAAUGAGAUGAAGCAGCAGCAGUCCCAGCCACAGUUACCCCAGCAACAACGUCAGCAGGGCCCCUGGGGCCAACACCAGUUGGGACAUCUUCAGCACCUUCCAGAGGGAGCAGCUCACCAGGGUAAGAAUCUCCCUCGAGAAGGCCUAAUGGGACCAGGGUUCCUUACAAAGAACAUGGGCUACCCACAGGAGGUGUGCAUGGCGCAGCCAUUCAACUUGAAGCCACCUACCGAUAAACCAACUCCAUCUCCUCCGGUUAACGGGAUGCCUGUGAGUUACAGCAACGGCCACUACAUGCAGCCUCCAUGGAGCAACAUCCUCCCCACACCAAACAGUGACAGCUCAGGGUCUCAAGACCUGGUGGGGUCAUUUCACGGUGGCCUCUCAGGGGCCUCCUUAGACUGCACCCCUGGAGCACAGUACAGGACUGGGGCUGCUCUUUCAAGUCAGACGAACCUGAUGCAGAACAUGGAGUACAUGGGUGGCGACUUCCAGACACCCUGCUUCAGAGCGCAGAAUCCUGGCACAAUGGCAAAGAUGCACCGAACCCCAGUCAACAGGGCCACAGAUUCAGGUGAUAGUAGAAAUGUGCACAUCCACCACCCAGGGUACAGAUGAGCUAUGGCUAAUUCACGCUUUUCAGUGUUAGUCGGAGCGCAAGGAAAAAUCCUCUCCUCCCUGUUGUUUUCCCUCAGUCUUGAAAGUGAUCUACUGAAUGUUUCCUGUACGAUGAUUUACGUGGCUAUCACAAAGCUAAACACCCCCCUGCCAUGUGCCACUUUGAUUCUUUUUAUUAUUUUAAUUUUAGUAGUUUAUAUAUCUCAAGUAGGUUUGGAAAAUUUGUAGGCAUUUAUUUAAUUUAUUUCUAAUUUCUUUUUUACUUUACAGAAAACAGCCAUAACAGCUUUUGUUUGUGAGAUCAGCACUAUUUUUACCAUUCCUAUCUGGUCUGUAAGAUAUGUUGGGGAAAAUAUGUUCCGUGUAACAUUUAAUUAGCUUUUUCUUUUUGGUUAGCAACUGUCUGUCAUUUACAAAGCUGAGAAGCAAUUCUCAGUGAAUGCCAUUUAUUUGUAGUGUAGGCCUACUUGAGAUUUGAAGUACUAACUCGUGAGGAAAUUUAAGGGGUGCCAUGAUACCGAAAUAUUUGGCUUUUCCAUCUAAGCUAACAGCUUGUAUAAUGUAUAGAGGUUGAUUUUUAUUUUUGUUCCUCUCAAUGUUUACAUAUUGUGCUUUUGUAACUAAUUCUGAAUUGAAAUGAAAGUGCAAACUGAUACUGGGAUAUGCACAUAUGACAAGACUGUUUCUUUUCCAGACUGUUGAACAUGAAUCAGGUUAAAGUCUUAGAUGGAAAUGUUACACUAGGGCUGAGUCGAGCCACAUUGUGUAAAAUGUUAAUCCUUCCCUUGAAGUGUCAGCUAAUGCGCUACCCUUUUUAUCCUCUAUUUUUUUUUCCUGAGUAUCCUAUUAGAUUUCAGUUUAAAUGGAGACUGCUGUAGACUGAAAUUGCUUCGGGACUUGUGCUGUGCCCUAAUUGCAUAGCUUAGGGGUUUAUUUUGUCUUUCAACUUAAUUGUUACUACUUGAAUUACAUUGGAAAGAGAUGGGAAUGGCAGGCUUUGACUCACUACAGGUCUUACAGUGGACUGAUGUUUAGCGGCCAACCCAAAGCUUCCUUUGGGAAGAGUUUCAUCAUCCGAUCAUAUGUUAGUUUGUCUUUAAAGGAAAAACGUCCUUGACCGUAAUUGGAUGACGGAAGUGUGUUGAUGUAAGCGCAAUAUAAAUGAGCGCCACAGGCUAGCCUGUGGCUUCACUGCUGUGCUACUGUAACUGAGAGGUGUGAUUAGCUGGUGUGAAUGCUGUGUGUCUGGGCGGAUUGGCUCCCUGCUUUUGCUCCAUCAUUAACACCAUACCGUUCUUCCCUGGCGGGAUCACUUCCAUCUCCGUCACAUGCUGUUGUGUCAGCUGAAGCCUGCCACUGCAUUUUCCACCCACCUUAGGCACUUGAUGUGUCAUGUCGGUCUUCUCUAAAAUAGCUGAAAUGCACCGCCGGUGACCGUCUAAGAAACAACCCAAACGAAAGUCACCAUUUCAGCUUAUGAUUUGAUAACUGACCCAUGUCGAGCUCCACGGUUCAACUCCCAUGGAGAGUCUCUCUCUUUCUCAGGUCUACCUGUGCCUCUUCUCAUAUUCUCCUUUGACUUGUCGGCCGAGUGUCUCCACCUUUAUCAGGGCAGGCCAUCUGGCAGUGGAGCAUGGGUAUUGUCAGACUUUGGUGUAACGAGUGGAGCAACUGCAGUUGAGAAUGGGUGAGACACCCAGUAUCAUAACCUCCCUGUUUGCCCCCUCACAAGCCUUAAAUAUUUGAUCCUUGAACUGUCCUUGACAAUAGGCAUGGUGUAGAUUAUAAAUUAAUGAUAUUUAGCUAAAUUUGUUUUCGUGGAACCGUAAAUCACGGGAGAGCGAACUCCCGAGAGAAAGAGUUUCUUUUGUAUUUAGCAAUGUAUGUGUAGUACUGGGCUGUAACAGUUCACACCACGUCAUGUUAUGUUUCCCAUGUUAGACUCUUUAUUUGCUCUGUCUACCAUUGCAGCAAAAUCUGUUAAGUCCUAAAUCUGUUUCCUGUCAUGGGUGAACGCGUUGGAUACACAAGCUUGACUGAACGCUUUGCGUCUAGUGUUGUUUUUCACAACAGCAGGCCUAGUUUAAGCUGAAGCGUGUUACUCAUGAAGCUGCUAUUUUAUCCCAACUACAAAAAAGUUAUUUCUUCUAAAUGUUGUGAGCAUAGAGUUAAGAUCUAAUUUAUAUUAUGCCUUUUUUUUGCAAUGCAAUAUUGUUAAUAUGUUGAGUAUCAGCAGACACUAAGUUAUUCCAUUUGCCUGUCGACCAUGUCAUUGUAAAGCUUGAACAUAUAGACUCCUUGUAUUUCUUUCGAUCCUCAUUUCAUGCCUUGUUACAGCUCAAGAGUACAAGUCAGGUUACUCUUUUAAUAGUUACUAUCUCUAUGUGAAGUGCCUCCUCUUGGCUGAUGUGGACUGUGUGUAUGUGACCGUCGGGAUUGGAAAAUGGACCGGCGCUAGUGCACAUUCCAUAGAUGUAGUGCACUGCUCAUGAACAGGGGACCGAGCUUACUUAAAAGAAAAAAGAAAAAACUACUGAUUAUCGUUCAGAAAAAAGAAGAUUGUGUGCUGCUGCAGGUGCAAGAUCUGUUUGGAUGUGAAUAGUUGCUGCUGAAUCACUAGUUUAGGUGGCGAGAGCUACGCUGCUACUCCCUAGUGUCCUUGAAACAUUCGAAGGAAUGCUCUGGAAAGUUCUUUGUCUUUUGGAGCACAUGCACUCCUGCCCCCCAUCACAACAUCCCCAAUAACCAGCCACCCCCCUUCUCACCACCCCUUUCCCAAAACCAACACAAUGGCAGUUUUGGACUACAGGAGUGUGUGUUAGCAGGAGUUGAGUGUGUCUCAUCUUGUUCCACCAAAGAACAAAAUGUCACUUGAAUGGUAGCAGUGCGCACCUGUUUUGUGUAACCGAAAACUGUCAUUCCAGAUACACUUUUUUUCAGGAACGUGUUGCACAAACAUUCCCCUCUAACCAAAAUAAAGUUUGACUUGCAUUUGCAAAA